UAUUCGGGCGCAAAGUUUUUCGGUGGUAGGUUCUCCAAAAAUAAGCGCAUUCUUGUGUGCGGGUGUAUGCGUGUCUUUCUUAAUUAAAAAAAUUUAAAUUAUAUUUCAACAGAUAUUUCAAUAAAUAAAUUUUCUCAGCUACUUGUUAUCGCUUGUGCUACGAACUUUAUGAUUGCAGUGAUGAAAGUAACGAAGAAUUUCUUAAUUAAAACAAAUAAUUUAUUCGGGCGCAAAUAUGUUAUGAUAAUUUAUAUCCUUCAAGCGCGCGGCAGAAUGUUAAACUUUAAUUGUGUGUUUUUCUUGGAUACAACAUCAAAAAAUAUAUAUUAAUUGGCCACAGAAAAAAAAUACAGAUUUAAUUAAACACUUCACCCUCUUCAGCAUCUUUAAACUGUCUUUAAAUCGUAAAUCGCGGCUACGAGGAAAUUUCUGCGUCAGAAACACUCGAAGCGGAGAUUGAUUAUAAUCCAGUGUUUUAAGUAAAUUCCGAUCAAAGUUGUAGUCUCGCGACAAAUUGAAGACAGCACCAUUACAUCCCUCAUAGAUAAUUCUCGAGGAGCCGAGUGUCGAUAUCGCACGGUUAAUGACACACGCACGUUUGACAUAUCGGGCCGACUCCGAUCUGAGUCAGCUGGUCACUUUUACGAUGCAACGAGAACGAGCGCGAGUCUCUCGACCGAAGGCGCGGGCGCGCCGAAUUUCAAAGCAUCUCGACGUCUCCUUGCCUCACUCUCGCACACGUCCAGCUGCAUCCGGAGCAUCCGCCCACAGGCGCACACGUGACGCGCGGAUGUAUCCGCGCGACGACGCGGCGCGUCGCGACACCGCGCGUCGCCACUGCUGCAGAACGGCCGUAUAACGUAGAGAAAGUCAGUCCUAACGUUGGCGCUGCAACAGACGUAUAGAACGCGCCUUCUUGUAAAAGCCGCCCUCACUUUUCCCACCCUCCUCCGGUACCAUCUGCGACAUAUUCAGAUUAUUAAUCGCUCGAGGAAUCUAUACGAGAAAGAGAAAAAAAAAAUAUAGAAAAAUCAGCGCGGUUACCCCGUGCCCCGUAUCAUUCUCGCGAGGGACAAGUAAAUAUUUUAAAAGACGAGGAAGAAAGAGAUUUGUUUAAACAGAGUGAGAUUGAUCCAUUUCGAUCGAGUGAAGUAACCAGAGGGGGUUACACCGGAGUGAUCGACGACGAAGGAAGCGGGUCGGUGCACGCGGUGUCUUUUUUUUUUCGUUUUUCGCGCGGGCCAUCGUCUGUCCCGGUCCCGCCCUUACCGGGUGGCUCCAUCAGCCCGAUCUCCCGCCAGGACCCGAGGAGACGUUCCAAAGUGGCCGGGUGACGGCCUUUUUCCCUGCUUGUCGCGGGCGCAUCGUAUAUCCUCCUCGCAGACGUCCCGAUCGCCAGCAUGCUUUCGCCCUCGAGGGUUUUCCCGCCGAUUCUCGCCGUGGCGCUCGUCGUCUGCAUCGGUGCCGUGCACGGUAUUAGAUGUUACAGAUGCGGACAGUACAACGAAGGAGUCGGCAGCAUUACACCGUGCCUUAAUUACACCGCACAGAUGCUGAUGGAAUGCUCAUCCGCGGAGGAAUGGUGCAUCAAAUAUGUCAGCGAAGGAUCGACGGUGCGGGACUGCGUGAGUCAGUGCGUGGAGAAAGAGGCCUGGAGCACGAGAACGUAUUGCUGCCAGCAGGACGGCUGCAAUUCCGGGCCGUCGUUGACAGCGUCGAGCAGCGCGUACUUGGUCCUGGCGAUCUCGCUGGCGAUCCUUCUGGUGUGCCGAAGCCUCCGUGGCUAAUACGUCGUCCCGCAAGACGGAGGAUCCGAGCGUCACAUGGAGCCACAAUAGGUCCUUCAAUCACACAAACUUGCACCGGGGGUUGAGGGGUGUUGAGAAUUGCACUUUGCGUCUCAAACGUUUGCGCUGAACGAUCGAGGCUUCCUACGAGAUAGCGGAUCUCGCGAAGACGUCGAUAGUCGUCCUUUCUGAUCCUUGGAUCUUCUCGACAAAAAAUCAGAAUAUGUUCCGUUAUUUAUUUUACCGAGCACUCUCUGAGAUCUCUCUAUAGUAUCAACGUAUGCUUUCUUCUUUUCGAUAUCGUUCGACGCAUACUAAGUUAAAGUUCACGACAGUUGUAAUCUAAUCAGAGUGAGUAAUGCAUGCCAAUGACGUUUGAAAAAAAUUCCGCUGAUUUGAUGAGAUUUGCACAACAGUUAUCAGUUAGAAAUAAGCCUCGUUCACCUGUUGCUUUUAUCGACUCACAGAUUGAUCGAUUUUUAUUUUGAUGAAAUGAUCAAUUUUUUUUCCUAUUUUUAUUUUGAUGAAACGCUAGUAUAAUAUUUCGUAAAGUUGACGUCUCAUAAAAACUUUACAUUUAUUAUUCAUAUUAUACGGAUAUGGUACUCAAAUAUUCACUCUUUAAACAUCUCGAUUUUUGUUACACAUUACUUCAAAACUCUUCCUCUCCAGGAUGUUCUUUUUACAUCGAAACUAGAAUACUGUAAGAUAUCGAAAAUCCACAAUGUGAAAAAUAUAUAUAUAAUUAUUCUGUUUUAAAAUUCAAUUUUUUAAGAAAAUUUUUAUAUAGAUGGUGUUUAAAAACCGUAGAAAAUUAUAAAUAAUAAAUAUAGCAUCGUGAUUAUUUCCAAAUAUUAUUCUUAUAUAUCUACUAAUAAAUUUACAUAUUUCCGCAUAUUUUCGCGGAUGUUUGGCGAGUCUCGCUCUGAAUUAAGAUUCCAUCUUCGCACGGGAUCCUUAUCAAGUACGAGCCCGAAUAACGAUACUUUCUCUAUUUUACCUCCACAUGUUAGCUUCUUUUUUAAAUCAAAAUAACGGAGUACUGAGCUUUCUGAAAAAUAUCUCGAUAAAAGAGAAUUCCAGAAGAAAAGAUGGGCUGCGCACGAUGAUUCCUCAACAAUAAAUAAUCGGAAUAAUAACAAUGAUAUUUAACUCUCGCGAUUUGAGGACGAUAAAGAGAAUAAUCAUCAUUGUAUCGCGCUUAUCCGCUUUCACAGUAGCUUUCAUGCGAUCCGAUUUUGUAGACGUGCAUUUGAUCUGCUUCUUUGUGCACUGUUUCGUCAUUUUGUCGAUUUUUUAAGCAGGAUAGUUUUUUCGAAUCAUCUGAAUUAAUCGGUCGAUCAUUCAAAACUGCUCGAAUAAUUGAAUUUUUAAAUAAGAAAUUUAUAUUUCAAAAUCUUGUUUGCAAUAAAAAAUAUAUAUUUAAAAA